AUGUCGGACCAGAUUCAGAUCGAUGCCAACGCCUUCCAGCGCCGCGUGACCAAGCUUCUCGCGGUGUGGAAGGAGGGCGCCGCCGACUCCGAGUCCCUCGCCGAUGUCGACUCUCUUCUCGUCGUCAUGGGCGGCCAGAACGACGACCUCAUCUACUCCAAGACCACCGCCCUUCACUCAUGGCUGCUCGGCUACGAGUUCCCCUCCACCGUCAUCCUCUUCACAAAGAACACCGUCACCUUCGUCACAAGCGCCUCCAAGGCCGUUCACCUCGAGGCACUCAAGAAGGUCGCCGCCGGCUUCAACGUUGAGAUCCUCAAGCGCUCCAAGGACGACGCCGCCAACCGCGCCAUCUGGGACGACGUCGUCGGCCGCAUCAAUGCAGAGGGCUCCAAGGUCGGCUGCUUGCCCAAGGACAAGCCCAUCGGCAAGUUCGCCGACGAGUGGCAGUCGGUGCUCGCCAAGGCGCAAUCCACCAACGAUCUCAAGAUGAUCGACGUCAGCGCUGCCCUCAGCUCCGUGCUCGCCGCCAAGGACGACGACGAGAUCAAAGCCAUCAAAUUGGCGUCGCGCAUGAGCUCCGCCGUCAUGUCCGGCUACUUUGAAAACGAAAUGUCCACCAUCCUCGACGAGGGCAAGAAGGUCACCCACGAGCAGCUGGCAGAACGCAUCGAGGGCAAGCUCGACGACGCAAAGAUGUGGAAAAAGGUCAAGGGCCUCGAGGGCGCAGACCUCUCGCUCGCCGACUGGUGCUACACCCCCAUCGUCCAGUCCGGCGGCGAGUACGACCUCAAGACCUCCGCCGUCUCCACCAACAAGCGCCUCCAGGGCGCAGACGGCAAGGGCGGCGUCGUCAUCGCCAGCAUGGGCAUCAAGUACCGCAACUACUGCGCCAACAUCGGCCGCACCUACCUCAUCGACCCGCACUCCAGCCAGCAAAAGCUAUACGCUUUCCUCCACGAGCUCCAGACCGAGCUCGCCGACAAGCACAUCCGCGCAGGCGCCACCUGCAAGGACAUCUACGCAAAGGCGCUCGACAUUGUGCGCGCCAAGGACGACAAGCUCGUACAGUCGUUGGUCAAGAACAUCGGAUUCGGCAUCGGCCUCGAAUUUCGCGACAGCGCCUACGUGCUCUCGGCCAAGAACGCGCGCACGCUCAAGAAGGACAUGGUCGUCAACCUCUCCAUCGGCUUCCAGGACCUCGACGACCCCAACCACAAGAACCAAGUGUACUCGCUCCUCCUCAUCGACACGCUGCGUGUCAAUGCCGACGCCGCCGCCACCUUCCUCACCGACCGCGUGCGCGGCACCAACGACAUGGCCUUCUUCUUCAAGGACGACGACGAGGAGGAAGAGGUCGAGGAGCGCCGGAGCCCCGUCAAGCCCGACGGCAAGGUCACGCCCGGCGGCAAGGUCUUACGCAACAAGAACCGCGGUGCCGCACUCGACGACACCGCUGCCGAGAAGAUGAAGGUGCAUCAGAAGGAGCUCGCAAAGCAGAAGCACGAGGACGGCCUCGCGCGCUUCGCCGGCGAGGACGGCGAGGGCAACGCGUCCAACGAAAAGGUGUUCAAGAAGUUCGAGAGCUACAAGCGCGAGAACCAGCUGCCGGCCAAGGUGGCCGACCAAAAGAUCAUGGUGGACCACCGUGCGCAGACGAUCGUGCUGCCCAUCUACGGGUAUGCGGUGCCGUUCCACGUGAACACGCUCAAGAACGUGAGCAAGAGCGACGAGGGCGAGUAUACGUAUCUGCGCCUCAACUUUGUCACGCCGGGUCAGAUUGCGGGCAAGAAGGAGGACGUGCCGUUUGACGAUCCGGACGCGACGUUUGUGCGCAGCAUGAGCUACCGCUCUACCGACUCGCAGCGCUUCUCGGAGCUCUUCCGCGAGAUCACCGAGCUGCGCAAGUCGGCGACCAAGCGCGAUGCCGAGGAGAAGGAGCUGGCGGACGUGGUGGAGCAGGACAAGCUGAUCCUGUCCAAGUCGCGCGCCUAUACGCUGCCCGAGGUCUUCCCGCGUCCGGCGCUCGAGGGCAAGCGCGUGCCGGGUGACCUGACCAUCCACCAGAACGGCCUGCGCUUCUCGUCGCCGCUGCGGCCGGACCAGAAGAUCGACCUGCUGUUCAGCAACAUGAAGCACCUCUUCUUCCAGCCGUGCGACAAGGAGCUCAUCGUCAUCGUGCACGUGCAUCUCAAGUCGCCCAUCAUGAUCGGCAAGCGCAAGGCCAAGGACGUUCAGUUCUACCGCGAGGCGUCCGACGUGCAGUUCGACGAGACGGGCAACCGCAAGCGCAAGUACCGCUCGGGCGACGAGGACGAGAUCGAGCUCGAGCAGGAGGAGCGCCGUCGACGCUCGCAGCUCAACAAGGAGUUCAAGGUGUUUGCCGAGCGCAUUGCCGAGGCCUCCGAGGGCCGCGUGAGCGUCGAUGUCCCCUACCGCGAGCUGGGAUUCAACGGUGUGCCGUUCCGCACCAACGUGCUGCUGCAGCCGACGACCGACUGCCUGGUGCAUCUGACGGAUCCGCCGUUCCUGGUGAUCACGCUGACGGACGUCGAGAUUGUGCAUCUGGAGCGUGUGCAGUUUGGGCUGCAGUCGUUCGACAUGGUGUUUGUGUUUAGCGACUUUACGCGCGCGCCCAUGCACGUCACCUCGAUCCCCACCACCUCGCUCGACGACGUCAAGCAGUGGCUCGACUCGGUCGACAUCUGCGUGAGCGAGGGCGCGGUCAACCUCAACUGGGGCGCCAUCAUGAAGACGGUCAACGAAGACCCCUACGACUUUUUCGUCGAGGGCGGCUGGGGAUUCCUCCAGGGCGACUCCGACGACGAAGGCUCCGACCAGAGCGAGUCCGGCUCCGAGUUUGGCAGCGACAUGGACGAUGGCCAGGAGGAGACCGACGUCGAGUCCGACUCGGGCAGCGACUUUGGCGACUCGGCCGCAAGCGAAUCGGGCUCCGAGGGUUUUGAGGACGAGAGCGAAGAGGGCGAGGACUGGGACGAGCUCGAGCGCAAGGCGGCGCGCGCCGACGAGAAGAAGCGCCGACAGCAGGGCGGCUCGGACGACGAGGACUCGGGCAAGAAGAGCAAGCGUCGCUAA